AUGGCUGAUGACAUAAAAAAGCGUAAACGAUUAUCAGGUUCGCAAUAUUUAAAGAAAAGACUAGCACGGGAGAAAGAUUUAGUUAAACAAAAAGGUAGUUUACUGAAAUUUUGUCAACAAAAUAGUCAAGCAAAUGUUAUUAAUGAUAAUGAUACUGAUGACAGUGAAGAAAAUAGUGGAAAUAAAAAUAUUGAAGAUCUAAGUAUGGGCGAAGUUGACAAUAAAAAAAAAGAACAUGACAAUGAAAGUAAAGAAGAGAUUAAUAUAACUGAAAAGAAUAGUGCCAAUUUAAAUAUUAAAGAUAUACAUGAUAUAAGCAGCAGAAAAGCUGAUUUUGACUCUGAAAAUGAAAACAAGAAAGAGAUUGCUAUAAGUAUUAUAAGUGAAGAAAAUAUUGAAAAUAAAAAAUCUUGUAAUUAUGAUGAAAAGUACACCAAUUUUAAGUCUCUUGAUUUUGAUGACCCUAAUAAAUGGCCCUCUAUCGAUGAUAAAUUAAGACUUUAUUUAAUAGAGUGUGGACCUCGUCAAAUAAAUAUGGAAACAUUUCCUAUUAACACUAGUGGUAGAUCAUUUUCAUCUUUUCACUAUUUUCGACGUUUACCUAAUGGUGAAUGUAUUAAACGUUCUUGGAUAAUUUAUUCUAAAUCAAGUGAUUCUGUGUUUUGUUUUUGCUGCAAAUUGUUUAAUAUUGGAGUAGUAUCUCUUACAACCAAUGGUAAUAAUGAUUGGAAAAAUAUAUCAAAUAUAUUGAACAGACACGAGACGUCAAAUUCUCAUAAAAAGGCAUAUCAAAAUUGGAAAGAAUUAGAAACAAGGUGUAAACGUGGAAAAACUAUCAAUAAUAUCAAUGAAGCUAAUUUAAAAAUUGAGACAGAACAUUGGAAAAAUGUACUUAAGCGAAUUAUAGAAUUGAUAAAAACACUUAGCAGUCAAAAUUUGGCUUUUCGGGGAAAAUCAGAUAAACUUAAUACUUCCAAUAAUGGUAACUUCUUAAAAUUUAUUGAAUUUUUAAGUAAAUUUGAUCCAGUAAUGAAAGAACACAUAAGAAGAAUAUCAUCUCAAGAAAUUCAUUGUCAUUACUUAGGAAAAGACAUCCAAAAUGAAAUAAUUCAAUUAUUGACGAAUAAAAUAAGAUCUCGCAUCAUAACUGCAUUAAAAAAUGCAAAAUAUUAUUCAAUCAUUUUAGACUGUACACCAGAUAUAAAUCAUACAGAACAAAUGACUGUCAUAGUUAGAUUCGUCUCAACUACUGAAAACGAAACCACAAGUAAAAUAGAACACGUUUCUAUAAAUGAACACUUUAUCGGUUUUAUAGAAUUAUACAAUACUACUGGCUUAAAUAUGACUGAAGUUAUUCUUCAAAAACUGAGAGAAUUAGAUAUUUCAUUAGAUGACAUGAGAGGCCAAGGAUACGACAAUGGGGCUAAUAUGCGUGGAUAUAAAAGUGGUGUUCAAGCUAGAAUUCGAAAUCUAAAUUCAAGAGCUUUUUACGUGCCAUGCAAUGCACAUUCUUUAAAUUUGGUUUUGAACGAUUCAGCAAAUUGUUGCUUAGAUGCAGUUUUAUUUUUUGAUAUUAUACAAGAAAUGUAUACAUUUUUUUCAGCAUCAACACAGAGAUGGGAUGUUUUUCGUAAAUAUGUUAAAAAUCUUACUGUAAAACCAUUAAGUGCAACUCGAUGGUCUAGUAGAAUAGACGCUAUUCGACCAAUUCGAUUUCAAACUGCUGAAAUUUAUGAUGCACUGGAAGAAAUAUCAGAAGACACUUCACUUACGAGUGUAACUGGCGUUCGAAGUCGUUCUGAAGCUAAAGGUAUAGCUGAAAAAUUAAUAAGUUUCAAAUUUUUAUGUAGUUUAGUAAUUUGGUAUGAUUUAUUAUGCGAAAUUAAUGUCACUAGUAAACUAUUACAAUCUAUAUCAUUAAAUAUUAUCGAAUCAAUCAAUCAGAUAAACAAUACCAAAAUAUUUUUACAAAAAUAUCGUAGUAAUGAAAAUUUUGAAAAAAUACUUACACAAGCAAGUUACUUAGCAAAUGAACUUGGUGUACAAGAUAGUUUUUCGUUAAAUCAAUUUCGAACUCGACGUAGAAAAACUCAUUUUGAUUACGAAUCUCGUGAUACUCCUAUAACAGAUCCUAAACAGAAUUUCAAAAUAAAUUUUUUUCAUCAAAUAUUAGACAAUAUGCUCCAAUCAAUAAAUGACCGAUUUAUUCAACUUGAAGACCAUAGUAAAUUAUUUUCAUUUCUUUAUAAUAUUUCUAAUGUAAAUAAUUAUGAACAUUUAAUGAAGUGCUGUAAAGAUCUUCAGCUAGCACUUUCUUCAAAUGACGGUUUAAAUUCUGAUAUAAAUUCUGUCGAACUUUGUGAAGAAAUAAAUACAUUACAAAAACAUUUGCAAAAUGAAAAUGAUCCAAAAGCAAUUUUACAAUUUAUAUGUGAAAACAAAUUAAUAGAAUUAUUUCCUAAUGUAUACGUAGCUCUAAGAAUUUUAUUAACAUUACCAGUAACUGCAGCUUCAGCUGAAAGAAGCUUUUCAAAAUUAAAAAUUGUAAAGAACUACUUAAGAUCACAAAUUUCACAGGAUCGUUUAGUUGGAUUGGCAACAAUUUCAAUUGAAAAUCAAAUUGCGAAUGAUCUUGACAUUGACGAUUUAGUUAAAGAUUUUGCGUCAGCAAAAGCAAGAAAAAUACAUUUUUAA